CAAAGUAUUUAUUUUAAUUUCACACUUGACGUGUUGAGGAGAAACGUAAAAGUGCUGUGGAAAUAUUACUGUUAGAACCUGUGAUCUAACAUAUCUGUGUAUUAUCGUGUGGUCACAGAAUUUGCAAAACAUCAGAAAUUGUGGUUAAUAGUCCUCCAUUGUUAUUGCUCAUUGGACUAUUGUUGAUAGUCCUCCAGUAACUAUAAUUUUCAUUAAGUGUUAGUCGGUUCUCACCCAGAAAACUAUAUGUUGACUGCACGUAGAGGUUGAUAAAGUGGGACACUCAUGUGCAAAGUCAGACUCUUAAAGUUCAAACAAAUAUAAAAACCACAAAACUAGGUCACCUCCCCUAAAAAGAGAACACAGACUCUGAGAAAGUGCUAAACAUUUUGCCUCUGAGCGAAAUGACAUCAGAGGACUGCACAUGAUGGUUGAGAAAACUCACAGUCUUGCUUAAAGUAUUUAGGUUAUACUUGCUUCUUUUUUUUUAUCAUACGUGACAGUCCAAGACACGUGGUUUUUCAAUGCACAUAUGGGCCAGUCGAACAGAGCAAAGUCUGAGAUGAUCAGAUUAUCAGAGGAAGAGGAAAAGCAGAGAUAUGAGAGUCAGCGAGAGAAAAUCAUGACACAUGGAUAUCUUCACACAAGCCUUGCGACUUGUCCUUCUUUUACUACUCAACUGUGAGCUAAGGGACUGUUAUAGAGUGGCAUGUACUGGAGAGCUGACAGUAGAUCAAGGCAUCAUUCCUAUUGGCUCCAACCUGACUGUACACUGUCGAUCUGACACUGUGAAAUGUGGCAGGCUCUUCAUCAUAAAGUUUAAUGGAAAGGAAGUUCUAAGAAAGACCAGCUGUUUCAAUGUGACAGCACAAGUGGUUGUGAACGAACCAAAAUCCUGGCUCUACUGUGCUGUGGAACAGGGAGGAAGGUCUCACAUUGUGUGUGGACGGGACAUCAUGGCUAACCUGAUUCCAAGUCCUCCACAAAUUAAAGAGAUUGCAUUCGCAAAAGGCUCCCUUUCCCCCACCAUCCACUGGCACAGCUCAGACGAUAUGGAGAAUCUGAAACCCAGUCUGAGGUUUCGAAGAACAUAUGGUGCUUCAGGCUGGAUGGAGGGAAAUGUGACUCAGCUUCACAGUGGGACACUUGUAUUGCCGGAGAAGUUGGAGCCGCUGACAUUAUAUCAGUUUGAGCUCAGAGUCUGCACAGUUUCAAUGAAGUAUAACUGCAGCUUGUGGAGUGAGCUGCUCACUCAGAGAAGCCCUGGAAAAGCACCCUCGACCAAGCUCGAUGUGUGGAGGAUAAUCAUGAGAAAUGAACAGAGCGACACUCAGAAUGUGACUGUCAUGUGGAAGCCUUUAGGUACAGAGGACUCCAAAGGAGUCUUGCACCAUUAUGAAAUAGUCUAUAAAGAGAAGGGCACUACACACAUUCUGAAUUGCUCAUCGGCUGUUACGCAGUACACACUUCAGCUGCCCCUGGAGGUGACAGAGCUGAAUGUCAGUGCAGUUACAUCAGCAGGAAGUUCACCUCCAGCUUCAGUGAGACUGACCUGUUCAGCAGGCAUACCAUCUCCAGAAAUAAACUCAAGCUAUGCAGCAGGGGGCGGCAUAACCCUUGUGUGGGACUCACCUCACUUCCCAGAUAGGACUUCUGAGCAAAUGCUGGGUUUUGUAGUUCAGUGGCAAUGCACUCCACUUCAAGUGCAGUGGAAGAGAAAUGAAAAGAACUACAACUCAGUAUACAUUCAGGCUACACAGUCAUCUCUGUGUAACAUUUCUCUCUAUGUUGAGAGCAGUGACAGAGUGUCAUGUCCUUCUAUUAAACAAAUCCAUAUGGCCAAGAAAGGCACUGACACAAUACCCACAGAUUUGGAGAAGAAUAAUAUUGCCCCUCAUAUGAAGAUCUUAAAAGUGCAAUCUGCUCCAGAAAAAACAAAAGAUGGACUGGUAGUCGGGAUUUGCCUCAUAACCGCGGUUCCUAUCAUUAUUAUUGUGAAUCUAAUGUACUUUAAAUGUACACGACAAAGAAUAAGGAAGGCGUUUGUGUCAGUGGGACCCUCUUGGCUUUUUCAGAAUUUACCUAAGCUUGGAAACAGCAAUGCCAUCAAAUUACUGAAGGAUGAGAGAUGUGGUUCUGAUCUGUGCUGGCAACCCGUGGACAACGACCCACCCUUAUCUCCAGUUGAGGACUACAGUCCACCUGUGGAAAGGAAGGAAUCGUACCCUAUUGUACACAAAGAAGUAACCACAGAGGAGAGGACAGUUGUGCAAGACUGGACAGUCUGUCCAUAUAAACCUCAAAUCACGAUUUCUCAAGGAGCAGAAGUGGCGUGUGAGGUAAUCGAGAAGGAAGAAGAUGAGCCUCCUUGGGUGGUCUUCUCCUCGCCUGUCUUCAAUACAUUUGAUCAACAUUUUUUUCCAAGUCAAGGAAUACAUGCACCUCUGCCAAGCUGCUUGACUGUGGAUGGAAGACCUGUAUCUAUGGAUCUUGUUGAUGGAUUUCCCUUUUUUACUCCGAGUGCUUUAGAUGGAAACAUGUGGACAGAUGGGAGGUUUGCAGAAACUGGAAAUGGUGAUCAGAACCAGCACCAAAGCCAGACAGUGUUACCCAAUGACCUGGUGAGGUGCUUGAAAGAGCCUUUUUUUAAUGACAGACCUCCUUUGGCAGUCCAGAGAAGUCUGCACACUGUACAGGUUGACAAGCAGUCGUUCUAAAAAGUCUACAAAAACUGUUCACAACUGUAACUGUGUGAAAAUCCUUGAGUGUGAAAUUUCACGUUCCCUUACAUCAGUCAUGUGUAAUAAAAUGUAAAUUAUACAGGAACUGAAACAAACAUUUACAUUAGCUGCUUGCUGGAGUUGAACUUAUAACCUUCCAAGAAGGAGGCCAGAGCCCUAACCACUCAGCCACAGUCUUACAAUUAAGUGCACCACAAACUAAAUAGCCAUCAUGAGGUUCUUUAUAGCAGCAGUGUGCACCAGUGAUCACCAGAGGUUUUUUGUUUUUUGUUUUUUUUGUUACAGUGUUGGCAGUCAAAACCCCCAUCACAAUUUACAGUAUAUUUGUUACUGAGUUCUUAUAGUUAUUAGCCAGUUUAACAGAUCACUUGAAUACAGUGAGUUUAAUCCAAACUUGAAUAACUCAAAAACAAGUAGGGCUAUAAAGAAUGACAACUUGGAUAAAAUGUGCUGUGUGUGUGCGGAACAUUCAAGAAUGAAAAGCCAUUUGACUCCAAUAAAUAGCUAGAAAAUAUUAAGUAGCCUAAGAUUUGAAUAGUUACUGUAGAUUAUGCUGAUAAAAGAAAUAUUUGAAUAGUUACUGUAGAUUAUGCUGAUAAAAGAAAUCUGUGCUGAGGAAGUCUGUGUAUUUUAUUGUAAAGUCCCUGGCUGCAAAAAAAUUGAGAACCCUAGUGAAACUGGUAUAAAAAAAAAGUCGCACUGAUUUUAAGCAUUAAUGUCUGUUUUUUAAUAAUUGAUAGAGCUACAAUACUCCACACAAGUCCUACAAAUGAAUUAGAAGACUAAGAUUAUUAACAGGAGGAAGUACAUGAAUGAUUUUUCAAAGAUCUUCUGUUGUUACGUUGAGAGUGAAAUGACUUUGGAGGUUUGUAGAGACUGAAUAUAGAUCAGAUAACCAAUGACCCACUGAGGUGGUUAAGGCCGGGAGACAUCCCUGAAUUGCAGACCUCCUUCACCACACAAAUCAACACAGUUCAUUCAUUUUGUACCUAAGAAAUACGAUUGUAUCUCUUCUGCACUACUGUAGAUAACUUAAUACGGAAACAAGGCAUUAAAGUAUAAUGAUGAAAGGAUGCCAUAACGUACAAGUUUAGAACCUGAUCUCAUGAAAAAAAAAUGAAUUCAAAGAAGUCAGGACAAUGUGGUAGAACUGAAUUCUAUUUCAUACUAAACAAAUCAUACGAUGAAUUGAAUUUUGUGAAUUGUUAUGAAUUUUCAAGAGUAAGACCAUAUUGGUUUUUUUUAUUGUUCAUCAUUAAGUCAUCAUAUUCAUCGGUGUACAUCACAGAUAUGACAUUCAUUUUCAAUGUAUUCUUUUUUAUUUUAAUUCAAGACGAAAAUGAAACUUUUGGAAGACAUCAAGGGUGGAAAAAUGUCCAUUUUCAUGUAAAAUGCCCUGAAACUUCUUAUGUCAUCCUUUUGGAUGUAAUAAAUCUGUGUAAACAUAUAA